AUGGCGGAACGGACCGCGACGCGAACCCUGAACCGCCCGACCGCGACGAACGCGACGAACGCGAAGAUUCACCGCCCCGAUUGUCGAGACCGAGACGCACCACCAGACCGCCGAAUAAUUAUGCUCGGGAGCAAGAGAUCGACAACGAGCAGAGAAAGGCACGCUCUCAACAGAGGCAAAGAAUCCAGGGCAAGUAAUCACGAUGAGAUCCUCCGCGAGAUUCAAUCCCUGCGUGAUACAAUCAUCCCUUCCGUUUCCACUGGUUCCCCGUCCUAUACAGAUGUUGCCCGUUUUGCUCCGGACGAAAAAGAUGAGAUCCGUCACUGA